AAAAAAAAAAAACCAAAUGAAUUACGAAAGAGAUGCCAUGGAGGUGGAUAAUUACAAUAACAACAAUAAUAAUAUUAAGGAUGCUAAUGAAGAUGAUCCAUUUGUUAAAUUUAUUGAUUAUGCAAUAUCUAUAUUAAUAUCCCCAACUGAAGAAGAAGAAGAAGAAAAUGAUGUUGUCGUUUCGAGUGAUCGACCGGGUUGGAGUUGGGUUGCGAAUCGGGUUAUAAAAACUUGUAAAGCUUAUUCGAGUGGAGUCACUCCUGCCAUUCUCCUCUCUGAACUCUCUCAGGCAUGGGCUGAGAAUCAAAGAGGUGGGUAUUCUAAGAAGAAAAGGCCUGAAUGUAUUGAUCAUUUGCAAAAAAACCAAAAGAGAGGAAAGCUUCCUAACACAGUUACGAUCGAUUCAAUUUACGAGAAGAAUUUCUUGUCAUUGACUAGUGUUAUUGAGGCUGUUGUAGUUGAUGCUUUUCUUCUUCCAGGGACAAAUUUUUACAUGCUUACCUUAGGAGAUUUUUGGAGCUCCAAUACUAUUGAUCUUUAUCUUCAUCGCAGGUUUUAUGACUUGGCGGAUCUCAAAAAUGGGAUACUGAGGAAAGGACGGGAGAUUUUUCUUACAGGAUGUUAUCUUCGGACAACCUCGCGUGGAUCCGGACACUUGAGACUUCUACCAACAGAGUAUUUACUGAUACUACUAGAUCAGGAUGAAGAUGAUGAUGCAAUGCUGCUUGGAGCACAAUUUUGUUCUGAUUCUUUGUCUUCCAUUUCUCUUGAUGCAGUGAACGAAGGAUUCUCAUAUUCAUUAUAUGCUAGGAUCGAGUCUAUUGGUUCUCUAGAUGUUCAGGGAAAGUUCAGUAGCUUGCAGAGGAAACAAAUUACACUUGUGGAUAAUGAUAAUUUCAGAAUAAAGUUUCUUCUAUGGGGUGAUCAGGUCAUGCUUGCCAAUCUUUUCAGUAUAGGAAGCUGGCUAGCCCUGGAUCGACCAUAUGUUUCAAGUUGUAUUGACAGUACUCUGGAUUCUUCUGAAGAGAUAUGUCUUGAAUACGGGAGUGUGACUCAGCUCUAUAUGGUGCCUUUUAUUCAACAUGAGGAACAGGUAUCUGUAGCAUUGACACAAAAUCAUUUCCAAGGAUCUAAACUGUUAACUGCAGCUGAUCCAAGUCAAGGACCUAAGGUUUCUCAAGUGACCUUGCCAUGUGAUUCUCGGGGAGCCAUUGACUUCAGUAAUUACCCUUUUAGAUUGUUUGUCACUGAUCUUCGAGACAAGAUGAGUAGCAUAAGCAUCUACGGCGUGGUUACAGAUAUUAAAAACAAUUAUAAUCAAGAAUGUGUCUUCUCUUUGAGAAUUGAAGAUACAACUGGAGGAAUAUGGGCUAAGCUGCAUUUUGUCAAAUCUUGGUCAUUUGGUAAAAUAAGCAUUGGGCAUACGGUAUACAUCGCUGGCUUGACAUGCUCUAUGGCAAAACAUAAGAGCUUGGAAGUCUCAUGGCAUGAGAAAGAAGGUGGCUGUUUGUUUGUAAACCUGAGCUGCUUACCAGCAUUAUUGAAUUCCUUGUGUCUUCACAAAUCGUCCAGCCUUUCGGAUCUGUCUGCCAAUAGUAGCAACACACAUGUGUGCCGAAUAUGGCUAGACCAGAUCGAAUAUUGUCAUUUAAAUUUAAGAUAUUCUCAUGCAUCUUGUGGGCACACAGUUACAAAGAAUCUUGGAUUUAAAUGCAACUUCUGUGGCUGUCAAUGUGAUGAUGACAUUGUUCGGAGUUUCCAUUUCAAAGUUACUAUAGCAGAUGAUACUAGUAAAGUUUUAGCUUGGUGCACGGGUGAUGUGGGUACCGAGUUGCUGCAAAUAUCUCCUGAUGAAUUCCAUAACUUGACUGAGGAAGAGCAAAUUAUGUAUCCAUCUUCUCUUGAGCAUGAAAGGUUCAUUGUAGCAUUGGUUAACACCAAGCGUGAGGGUUUUGGCACAGCCGACGGACUAGUGCUGGAUGAUGAUUCGAGUUGGGAAAUCACUCGAGCAUUAAAGUCUGACUGAAGUACAAAUGCUUGUUCGUUCAUCCCAUUUUCCUUUGGGUUCUUAUGAGGAAAAGAUGCUUAUUGCUGUUACAAAAGAUGCUAACAAUAUAUUGUCGAUUGCUUAUGCUAUUGUUGACAACGAAUCUUCAAACAUAGUUAGUGGCAGAGCUACAUGGAGGCAAAUGGUGACCGUGACUACUCUACAAUAUCUAUAGACUGUAUAUUCUAAUAUUAUAUUUAUUUAUUAUAUCAGGUUAAAAGUUAAUUGACCCCAAUAAGCAUACACUUGGAUUGUAAAUUGUAUAACUCCCUUUAGACCUAAAA